AUGGCCGACUCCGCCGCCAAGCGGCCUCCAACGCCGGCGCCGGCCUCCGGCGGAGGCGGCAUGGCGUGGAAGCUCUCUCUAGCUCUGUUUGUGUUCCUGGCGGCGCUGCUGUACAAGCAGCUUCAGCCUCCGGCUCCGAAAAUCGCUGGCUCGCCGGGUGCCCCCCCUGUUACAGCAUCAAGAACAAAGCUCAAAGACGGCAGGCAUUUGGCAUACCUGGAAUCUGGCGUCCCAAAGGAGGAGGCCAAGUACAAGAUCAUUUUUGUCCAUGGAUUCGACUCCUGCAGAUACGACGUGCUUCAAGUUUCCCCGGAGCUGGCCCAAGAGCUGGGCAUCUACCUGCUGUCCUUCGACCGGCCUGGGUAUGGUGAGAGCGACCCUGACCCGGCAGCGUCCGAGAAGAGCAUCACCCUCGACAUCGAGGAGCUGGCCGACAACCUGCAGCUGGGCUCCAAAUUCCACCUCAUCGGCUUCUCUAUGGGCGGCGAAAUCAUGUGGAGCUGCCUCAAGUACAUCCCUCACAGGCUCUCCGGGGUGGCCAUUCUCGGGCCGGUGGGCAACUACUGGUGGUCCGGCUUGCCGUCGAACGUGUCAUGGGACGCCUGGUACCAGCAGCUCCCACGGGACCAAUGGGCGGUCUGGGUCUCCCACCAUCUGCCAUGGCUGACCUACUGGUGGAACACCCAGAAGCUCUUCCCGGCCUCCAGCGUCAUCGCCUACAACCCUGCGCUCCUGUCCGAAGAAGACGCGAAGCUCAUGGAGAAGUUUGGAAUGCGAACCUACAUGACGAUGAUAAGGCAGCAGGGGGAGUACUACUGCCUGCACCGCGACAUGAUGGUCGGGUUCGGGAAGUGGGGUUGGAGCCCCCUGAACCUCAAGGACCCGUUCGCCGGCGGCGAAGGCAAGGUGCACCUCUGGCAUGGCGCGGAGGACCGCAUCGUGCCGGUCAUCCUGUCGAGGUACAUCAGCGAGGGGCUCCCGUGGGUAGUCUACCACGAGCUCCCCAAGUCCGGACACCUCUUCCCCGUUGUCCAGGAGAUGGCCGACGCCAUCGUCAAGUCCCUGCUGCUCGGAGAGCAGUGA